AUGGAUUCUUUGGACUCCCUCGAAGAGUACGUUGACAAUUACAACGGCGAUAAUAAGGGAAGUGUCGUCAAUACCCCUGGUGACCUGGCCACUGUUGAUGAUUACGGAUUGAGCGGGGACGGCGCUUCCCCAUAUACGGGACCGAAUUUACCUGCAGACAUCUCUAAUUUGGCUGAAAGCCUCAACUUCAGUGGCAAUGUCCACGGUCAAAUCAACAGCAUAGCGAAAACUGGAACCAGUAACGGACAGAUUGCAAAUAUGGAUACAUAUGGAGCUCAGGCGGUGCCGAGCUUCAAAGCAGAUGACUUCUUUUUGAGCAGCAACACAACCAGUCAGACAAAUAGUAAGAGCUUGAAUCUGGACGAUGAAAACAACUUUGCCAGUCCAAUUUCGACAGAUGCAGCUGCAUUACAGGCCUAUGGAUCUAAUCAGGGGUUGUCUUCCGGAACCAAUUCUCAGUAUUUUUCACCAAGGCCUGUUUCGGAGGCUCCACCAAUGAGUAAAAGAUCUGGAUCUAUUAGCAAUCAGUUGGGUAAGAGCUAUACGUCACAAUUGGGAACAUCCUUAAACAAUAUGCUAUCACCGGCAUCAACGUAUGAUGGGUUGGCGGAAUCUCCGUAUGGGUCAUUUCAAGGCAGUUACAAUGAGAAUUACUUGAAUUCGCCUAUGAACUCGCCUUCUUUGAAAGCGUUUGGAUCACCCGCAUCUGUAGGAUCGCAUCUGAAUCCCAAGAAUGCAAUGUCUAAAGAAGGAAAGCUCAGUAGAAGAAGAGAGCUUCAUAAUGCUGUGGAAAGAAGGAGAAGAGACCUCAUUAAGGAGAAGAUUAGAGAGUUGGGGACGUUGAUUCCACCUUCUAUUCUGUGCGACAUUUCCAAACUGAAGACUAGUCAACAGAAGAAAGAGAUACGAGCCAACAAGAGUACAAUUCUAGCAAAGUCAGUGGACUACAUUCAGUAUUUACAAGACAUUCUGCUGAUGCAGGAGGACCGUAAAGGGUUAUUGGCAUCAAAGAUUACCACACUAGUGGAAACGGGAGUUCCUGUACCGGAGGGCAAGUUGAACGGGCCUGAAGGUGGUAGAGUGAAGCAGGAGAUAGGGAGUCUCGGGUUUGCUCCCACGGUGUCGUCGACAACAUAUUCCAAUACUACGAGUCCGUUUGCGUUGAGUUCGGACAGUCCAUUGAAGGGUGGAGAAGACCCCGAUGCUUAUUUAAAGGAGUUUCUUAACACAACGCCGCCAGGGGGACCAGAAGUGCAAUACGAUAAUUAUGGGGAAGAAUAG